AUGCUUUUAUACCGAACGAAUCUGAUGGUAGAGCAGCCAUUUAGUCUGCCCUAUAUUCUUGCCCAUAAUCUUAUAACCAUUGCUCCUUCAUCACCUCCUAAAAACUAUUCAUUCGUCAAAACCCAUCAUCCUUUGGUUCUUGUUGUCACUGCCUCCGAUAAACAGAUCUCAGACGACGCUAAAUUAAUAACCUCAGUUGUGCGAUCACUUCGAAUUUCGGUCUUUCCCUUGCUACCUCAAUUAGUCUUCACUCAGUUACAUCAACUCAUUAGCUCAAAAUCUUUUCAAUUAGUCAUAUUUGAAGACAUUCUUAUGUAUUUUAAACUACCAGUCAAGAUAAAGUCUGUUCUUGAUGAAUAUUGCAAAUCAAACAAUGUAAAUAUUAUCGGCUUUCCAAAGAAUCUAAACACCUUAAAAAACCUUCCUAGCAGCGAAAAUCUAUCUGAGAUGGAUCCAACUUUUCCACUUCUUGUUAAAAGGUUUACUCGUGGCUCUCCACCGCAGGGCUUCUAUCUAUCUAGAGAAAGUGAUGUUCUGUAUUUAGCUAAAGGAGGUCAAGUUGAUACUCGACCUCUAGUUGACCAGGCACCUCCUUGUCGUGAUUGGCAACGCACGUCGCCUCGUUGCUUUCAACACCGACGGGAAGUUUAUCCUCAACUUCUGGCUGAAACAGCGAGUUAUAUCAGCCAUUUCUCCUACCUGCUCCCUGGGUUCGACUCCGUCUUACGCCGAAGUCAUAUUCCAGAAGAUUUAAUUAAAAUAGAGGAGCAGAGGUUGGCGCAAUCUUUCUCAACUUUUGUGCCCCGAGAAAGCAUUGAUUCAGCAUUGUUUCAAACCAUAGCCUUCUCUAAAGUAUAUCCUGGUUAUAAGACCGAUGUGGAACAACGAAGUUGCGCGUUUGAUGAUUGCGGUAUUGAUGGUUGUUUUGGAGAUGAUGUGUAUCAGGCUCUUGUGCUUAAAGAUGUUGGAAAAAUCGAUGGAAUUGAAAGAAUACUAUUCGCAUUUGAACCACUUCAGCAUUGGUCCACGACACUGCUACUGAGUGACGCGAUAUGGCACUUUUUGAAGGAUAUUGCCGUACUUGAAUAUGAACUUGGACUUGUGAGGUAUAUUCACAUCGAUAUUGACGAUGUUUUUGUGGCACCUGCUGGAACUCGAAUGACUUCGUCUGAUGUUAAACAUCUGAUAGAAACCCAAGACCGUUGGCGCCAAUUCAUACCAGGAUUUACAUUUCACAUGGGAUUUGCUGGCUCUUCCUUCAAACGUGGAAACCCACAAGAACAACUUGGUGAUGAAGCUCUUAUAGAAAAUCGUCAUCAAUUCAAGUGGUUCUGUCAUACAUUUUCACACGCUCAACCUCAUGCUCUUUCAGAGGCGGAAGUGACCCAGCAACUAGAACUCAACAAGGCUUUCGCUGAGGAGAAAGAUCUUCCAAUAGCACCUGGUUAUUCCGUGGCUCCUCACCAUUCUGGUGUCUAUCCCGUCGCUCCACAUCUCUAUCGUGCAUGGAAGGCGGUUUGGAAUAUAAACGUUACCACAACAGAGGGAUACCCCUAUCUCUUCCCUGCCUCUUCUCGGCGUGGUUUUAACUACAUGGGAAUUCAAGUUCUCCCUCGACAAGUUUCAGGGGUAUACACUACUACAACUCAACUUGCCACCUACCCAGGUGGUGUAAGUAAACUUGAUGGGAUGGCUUUUGGUGGAGAUCUCUUUGAUACCUCCCUUUUUCGUCCGGUUAAUCUUUACAUGACGCAUUUUGGAAAUUAUGCCCAAGACAGGCUAGCGAUAUAUGUCUUUGAGAGGUUGUUCGCUUUUAUUAAAGCCUGGACUCGUUUGGAAAUUAGAUGGGCCCCCUUAUGGCUUCUUGUUGAAAAACACCUAAAGUAUAAUCCAUUGGAAAGGCCGCAGUCUCCUUUCUCUCUUCCAAUUUAUUCGGAUCCCUGUGUUGAUCCCAGGCACGAGGCCAUUUGGUUUCCAUCCGGUUGUACACCGGAAGGAAGACGUCUUCCGAAAGCUGUUAUUGUCGGACCACAAAAAACAGGCACGACAGCUCUGUUAGCCUUCAUGGCAAUGCAUCCCCAACUUCAGCCCAAUAAAUUUGAAACCCACUCACCCUUUGAGGAGAUACAAUUUUUCAGCGAUAAUAAUAUCUACAGCAAGGGGGUAGCCUUCUACAACGAUCAAUUCCUAAACCCCUCCACUGGGCUGAAUUUCGAAAAGUCGGCAACCUACUUUGAGUCUCCGCUAGCUGCUCAAAGAAUGGCUACACUCCUGCCUCAUGCUAAAGUGAUUGUUCUACUUCGAGAUCCGCUGCAAAGAGCAUUGUCUUGGUAUCAACAUCAAAGGGCUCACAAUAUUCAGGCCGCGUUGAGAUUUACAUUUGAUGAGGUCAUCAAAGCCAGCACGCCAGCGGUGGCCAAAUUUCUCGCUUCUGCAUCAAAUGGUUUGUCAAGGGAGUCCAGUGUUAAUGUGACUCAACUCGCGAACCAGCUUCAUCGACUGCAUUCCAAAUGCGUGGAACCUGGUAGAUAUGCCACGCAUCUACGACAGUGGCUGCAUUACUACCGAGCUAAUCAGAUUCUCCUUAUUGAUGCUGAUCGAUUGGAAGCAAAACCCGCGGAGGUUUUACGCGAUGUUCAAGAAUUCCUGAAUACUUCUGUUCAUGUCAACUAUUCCCUACUCCUUUCUGCGGUAUGUCUGAUGCCUGUUUCCAGUCGAUCCCUACAGUCACAUAUGACUUGGGUUGAUUUUAGGCGAAAUCCGAGUAAAGGCUACUUUUGUGCAACUGGUGGACCCUAUCUCAAAGCUGGAAGGUUGUUGAAACCAAAUCACGAAAUCCCUGGACAGUGGUGUCUCUCUGCCGAUAAAGGUCGGGUAUACAACCACUCAGCAAUCGAUAAUUUCACUUCGGCUAAAGUCCUCUUCGAGGAGCCUAAUCAUGACUUGGCCAAUCUCCUGCUGCAAUAUCCAUUUUGGCGAUCCUCUCGUUCGACCUCAGUAAAGGAUCUAUUCCCUCGAUGGCUGAAUUCUCAUUUCUAA